GACACGGGACAGCACCCGAGCGCGGCGAACUAGUCAACACCGUGGAGUUUCCUCCCCCACGUACACCGUGACCGUGAAAUUCUGGCAGUCCCGGGAUGGCAGGUCGCUGCUGUCGCCUCUUUUCGCUCUUGACAGCGCGUUGAAAGAGGAAGCAGUCUCCCCCAGGAGCUUCAGGCGAACCGGCUGAAGCUGACCGGAAUUACACUGUAGCGUUCAUUUGUUUCUCUUUUCUUCAAUUUGCCGCUCUCGGUGAAAUGUUUUACUCUGCUUGAGGUGCUUUUCUAUCUGGAGUGGACUACACCGCUACAAAGUGAAACAGAAAAAGAGAAAGAGGCGCCUCGCAGUCAGUCACGGCGGUGCAAGGUGGACAUCCUGAGACAACCGAUCAGUUCUUAUCAAAAGGCAGAGCCGUGUACCAAGUCUUUAUCCUCAAUGGACCCAGACCAAUGCAGCUGCAAACUCUAAAAACUGACGGUAGCACCUUUUUUAUUUUUUACCUCCAACGAUCGUCCUGCAAUUUUCCCAGAGAAAACUCUUGUGCUCUCGAUCUCACUGGACUCUAGAAGUCGUCUCUAUUUUACUCAGGUCUUUUCUCCCAAUGCCUACCUCCUCCACUAAAACACUGUACUCAGAGACAACCUGUUUUACCUUCUAAACUCUUCAAACUGAUGAAGAGCAUUGACUUAAGACCUCAAACUUCCUGUCAUCUACAAGCUACAAAGCAGCCACACUGAUAGCCUGGGCUAGUGGAAAUUAUUCAAACUGGAAAACGUACAAUAGCUACUUCUGCCUCUCAUGGUCCACUUGUUGAAUCUGACCGAAAGCUAUAUGCCUCAGUUAUUAUUUUCUGGAAGACAUUUGUGUGCAGAAAACGCGAGGCGACAAUCAUUGAUGGAAUUGAUCCAACAGACAGGAGUUAAUAUCCAAGCAAGAUGCAAGCAGCACUAGUGUCUUCCAUUUGCCUUGGGGAGAAAAAAAUAUAACCAGGGAGAAAAGCGGAGUACUGCCUUGGAGAAAACAUAACUUCAUGUUUCCCAGCACAUAAGCCAGACUACCUAAGCUAUCUAAAUCCACCAGCAAAAAACAUAGGGGGCUUUCAGUGAGCUUAUUUUUACACCUAAAGCCUCCUAACAACGGAAGAAGGUUUUGAAAACUUCACCAGCUGUUUCUGUGCUGCCAUUGAGACCCAAAGAAACUUCCUGGGAGUUCAAAUGCAAAUAAUCUUCAUAGGUGGCAGAAGAGGCACAGAAGAACUGAGCAAGUGAAGAAGGAUGUAAUGCUCUCCGUCCGACUCGCCGUUCUCCCGUCCCGCUGUUCCCGCUCACGGAUUCCUCUGGUUGGCUGUUGAGAAGGCUGACGGCGAAUGCUGAGCAGGUCGACCUGUCUGAGGUACGCCUCCCGGCUCAGCGAUUGGUCGCUGGAUGCUACUGGAGUUGAACGGCAACGAUGUUCGACAAGCAGGAGAGCAAUUCAUCUGAGAGCGAUGAGAAAGGAUGGCCAGAUGUGCCGAAGAGAAAGAGGAAAAACAGCCAGUGCUCCCUGAAGAGCAUGUCUGCUCUUAGCGUCUCUGUUCCAGGGUACAUCCCCAGCUACCUGGAGAAGGACGAGCCGUGCGUUGUGUGUGGGGACAAGGCCACCGGCUACCACUACCGCUGCAUAACCUGCGAAGGCUGCAAGGGUUUCUUCCGCAGGACAAUCCAGAAAAAUCUCCAUCCUUCUUACUCCUGUAAAUAUGAAGGCUGCUGCAUCAUUGACAAGAUCACCCGCAAUCAGUGCCAGCUGUGCAGAUUCAAGAAGUGCAUCUCUGUGGGCAUGGCCAUGGACUUGGUGCUGGACGACAGCAAGCGCGUGGCCAAGAGGCGCCUCAUCGAAGAGAACCGAGAGCGGAGGAAGCGGGAAGAGAUGGUGCGGACGCUGCAGAUGAGGCCGGAGCCAGACAGCGCAGAGUGGGAGCUGAUUAGGAUGGUGACUGAGGCGCACCGGCACACCAACGCCCAGGGCUCCAGCUGGAAACAGAAGCGCAAAUUUCUGGCCGACGACAUCGGCAACGGUCAGCUGACGCUCACUUCAGACGGAGAUAAGGUCGACCUGGAGGUCUUCAGUGAGUUCACCAAGAUCAUGACCCCUGCCAUCACCCGCGUUGUUGACUUUGCCAAGAAACUGCCCAUGUUUUCAGAGCUGCCUUGUGAAGACCAGAUCAUCCUGCUGAAGGGUUGCUGCAUGGAGAUCAUGUCACUGCGCGCCGCCGUGCGCUACGACCCCGAAAGCGAAACGCUGACGCUCAGCGGCGAGAUGGCCGUAAAACGUGAGCACUUGAAAAACGGCGGGCUUGGGGUUGUUUCGGACGCCAUAUUUGACCUGGGCAAAAGCCUGGCACAGUUCAACUUGGACGACUCCGAGGUGGCACUGAUGCAAGCGGUGCUGCUCAUGAGCUCAGAUCGGUCGGGGCUGAUGAGCAUGGAGAAGAUCGAGCGGUGCCAGGAGGCCUACCUGCUGGCGUUCGAGCACUACAUCAACUACCGUAAGCACAACAUUCCGCACUUCUGGCCAAAGCUCUUGAUGAAGGUCACGGACCUGCGGAUGAUCGGCGCCUGCCACGCCAGUCGCUUCCUCCACAUGAAGGUCGAGUGUCCAAACGAACUCUUCCCCCCACUCUUCCUGGAAGUCUUCGAGGACCAGGAAGUGUGACAUCGCGCCCCGACGCUUCGGGUUUGGCAGUAAAGGAAGUAUCGGCCGUGGAUGAACAUCAUAGGAAAGACUGGAUUUUGUUUUCAUUUGUGAGAACGUGCCCUGUACAUUGUUCAGUUGUCUGUUUGCCCAUUUCUGUCAAACACAAGACUUGACCUUCUGCCACCAGCAAAAUCUCAUCAGCAUCAUGACACAGAAACCCAGGUGUUCUACAACUGGUAGUUUUUCAACGCUAUGCCAUAAACUUGCAUCUAUAUGCAAAUCCAAAUUGCAUCAAUGAGGAGGGCUGGACUGGUGCCACUCCUAAUGCAAACUGAGGGGCUUUGCUAGCGGCACACCUUAGUGAAAUCUCAAGCACAUGUCUUCGAGGGUUUUUUUUCUUGUCCUGGACCUGACAACUGGCACUUCUGACAAUCCCAACAACCAUCCCGCUGAACUCCCACCUCCCCAACACCUCCAAGAGCAAAAGCUUCCACUUUCAAUCCACUGUGGCCCUCAGAGUGUUCGUCGUCCUACCUCCGUCACACAAACCUUCACACUGAGAAACACACUCACAGAAUGUAUGUGCACAGAAAACAAAACAAAUACCCCAACACUGUUACCUCAUUUCUUGUCAAAUGUAUUUCUUUAUUUAUAUUUGGUGGGGAGGGAGGGGCCAGAUGUAGUUCAGUUAGAGGAUAUGGAGCCAUGCACCCCACAGUUACCCAUAUGCUACUGGCAACUGGUGAGAGAACAACUUUGUGUAAAACACUAAUCUACGAAGCAUUAUUUGUACUACGAGUCUUAUAGCCGAGGACACUACAGCAAUCACCGUGCAUCACUAGAUGUGUUGAACAUCACAGUGCAUUCUGUAAGCACUAAACUGUGAGUAUGUAUGGAGUCAGUCUUGGCAAAUAAAGCUUUUUGAGUAGCGAACAGUUGCAAAGUGCAGAAAUUCAACAUCGCUGUUCACAACUCCUUCCUCCGUUCUUUGGUCGGCCCUGUUGUAAUUCACCCUGAGUAAUCAAAGCCAAUGGGAGAAAUCCCUGAGCGGAGAUGAGAAUUGAGCGGAAAUGAGUAAGAAGGCAACGGCCAGGCUGGUGCUUCUUCGGCCUUUUACUUGCAAAGGUUCUCGGAUCAUAUUUACAUAUUUUUAGGGGUACGAACAAAUUUGCCUAUAUCUGCAUAUCCCAAUUGGCAAAAUUUAUGAUCUCCAAGCAAAUAAUCAGAAUAAAUGUUUAGCCUAUUCAUCUUAAAUUUGAGGUUCUAUCACCUUUAUUCUCAUUGAUGAAAUAUUUAAACAAUCACAAUAAGUCAUGGAGAACUUUCUCUGUUUUUUUGUUUUUUUUCUACACAUUUUUAUGUGGUAAUUACAGCUUAUUUGUGACUUUUGUUAGUAAUUUUGAUAACUUUCUCACUUUGGCUGAAUUUAGUUGAUUUUUAAGAUUUUAUCGAAUUUUACUGACACAAAGUCUCGUUCCAUUAUUUAUCACAGUCAGCCUCUCUGUCGUGUUCCAGUUAAAAAAAUAUGUAAAAUUAAUCUGAUCAAUAUUUGAUGAUCAAUAAUGCAUAGCACAGUGCUUUGAACACAUUAUUAUAACCAUCAUUAUUAUUAUUUGAUUUUAGAAGACGCCAAGAAUUUAUCAGUUUAUACAACAAACACAUGGCUUCAUAAAAAAAUCUACUAAAGCUUCACUAGUUGGUUGUGAAGUAGCUAUGGUUACAAUGACUGUCUGCUGAUUUCCAACGUGACUGAUUAGCAAAUGUUUUGCUAAUAUUUCCUGCAGUGUGUGGUCUUCAGGUCAUCAUUUACGGCUCUGACUAGAUUGCUCAAGCUAUUUUUAUUUUUUUUUAUUUUUCCUCCGUUUCCACAAGAACGUUUGUAACAAACAUACUUCAGCUGCGCCUGUAAAUUUAAAGCCUUUUAAAGUACCGGAGCUCUGAAUUAUUUCACCGAGCCGUUAAAACACAGCUUUUCAGUCUACAGGGCGUCUGUCCAUGAGUAGAUGAAAUCUGAAAAUACUGAAGACCGCCUUUAAAAAUGCCAAAUACUGCCUAUUUUAAUGGUUCAGACACAAAACAUGCCUUAAUUUGUUUUAUUACACAGUAAUAAAAACCAUCUUAGCCUUGCUGCAGAUGUUAGCUUUGCAAAUGUUGAUACAAAACAACCAGCAAUGAUUUAUACUGAUCAGUAAAAUGAUGCCCUGGAAGGUCAAAUUAAUAAAAUAUUUUUUGAUUAUAAGAAAUAAAAAGAAAACUAUAGACGAUUUGACCACAUCUAUCUAUGAGUUAUCUUCAGUAUUGAUGAAAAAUACUUAAUUAUAAUAAAACAUAAGCUCGUACAUCAAGGCUUAAGGUACAUUUCUAUGACAUUGCUUAUUUACUGUUAAUAAACAGAAGUAGGGAGGCAGUGGGAACGGAACAGGGGUGAAUUGGUGAAUUGGCUCGAGGCUGACAGUGAAGUUGCAUCAUUUUUUUUAACAAAUGAAGGAAAAAAAUAACUGCUUUAAAAAAUGAGUCUGGAAUUGUGCACCAUUCGAUUCAAAAAGACGUUUUUGAUCCCAAAGGGAAAUUAAAUGUUAUUUUAACUUAUAUUCUUCAAAGAGUUAUUGUAGAUUGUGAUGGUUGCUGGCAGGAAGGAUUUCCUGUAGCAGUCUGUAUUACAGCAAAUUUGAAGACGCCUCUGACUAAAGACACUCUUGUUUAUCAAAGACACUCUCGUGGCCUAAAUUAAAGCUCUACUAGCCCCAAAUUUAAGUCUUAUACAUGACCUGAGCAUGUAGCAGUCAGCUAAUAAUAUUUUCUUUGGCAGACAGAAAUGAUAGAAAACCUUUAAUCAUCUUUGGAAAACUUCUAGAUCAAAUCAUAGAGGAUUGGGUCGCUGUUCCCCAUCAACUCAUUGUCCUUCUAAACUCCAGCCUUUACUUUACACCAAUAGUUAUUUUGACCUUGUAGUGUAAUGUCUUACAGAAAGCACUUUUUUAUUCAAAACAUCUAAAGGCUCUUCAGCCAUUUCCAGCCUACACAGGGCGUCUGCAUAUAGAAUACCUCACCCAACUCAUAUCUCCUGAGUCAUUACCUCACAGACACACAUUCACUUUUCAGAUGCUUUUACUCUUUCAAACUGGCUUCUCUUUUUAUUUAUUUUUUAUUCCAUUCUUAUAAGUUGUGGGAAGCAGCCUCUCAGUCUCAGUGUUCUCGUCUUCAACCCCCUGAUCCCCCCAACCAACUCCUCCGCCUGUAACUGCCUGAAACCAACAGACUCUACCUCACCUCUCGUCUCCAUGGAGCCGCUUCUAGGAGCCCAACACGAGCACAACCGCCAACCUAACACACAAAACGCAGUGAUAAGCUGUACGUCCCCCACUGUGAACGGAUACGUCCGCAGCGUCGUUCUGCUGACGGCGCUGCUCCUUCUGUCAUUUUCACCUGGUUUGUUUUUCCCAGCUGCCCACGUGGGACCAAGAGUCGCUCUGAGUUCAGGUUUUUCUUUCAGAACCAGAGCUUGACGGCGGGCCGGCGGGUGAAGGAGUGACGGUAAAACCGUGACAGUUCUCCAGCGGGUGGAGCCGUUUCGGCCCCGGUCGGGUCAGGACUCUGGCGGGUGACUCAGCAGUUUUGGAAAGCACAUGAUGGACUGAAUUCCUCCCUGGGGAAACGAACACCCGGGCCUCAGAAAAGAGAGAAACUCUGUCAACCACGUCUCUAGCGGCCAUCCACUGCAAAAAAAAUAAAAAUAAAAAAAAUAUAGACUUAUCAGGUUCUCUUUUUUGCACUAAAACCACGCUGUCUGUAUUCUGAACCGGUCUGGACACUUUUCCUCUCCUUCUCGUCCUCCUGCUGUUUUCGUCUUUCGCUCCAUCUGUUGAUUCCGGAAAGUGAAGCUCAGCGCGCGGCCGGUAGGGAUCGCCACUCACUGGCUGCGUUUCCAUUGUCGAUAUUCAGCUGACGUCAAAGGGGAAAAAAACACAAUUUUGCAAAUUGAUGUGUUUCCAUGAAAAAAGGAAUGACAUUAAAAUCUCACUGAAUUAAAACGUGACAAAUCAUUAAAAAUCACGUCAGAAUGGAUGUAAACAGCUACAUGGGAUUUAUAGCGCUCAUCAUCUAUCCGCUGAGACUUGAUCUUUAAUUCAGACGUUGGAGCAACAAGCCCCGCCUACUUUGGAGCGGCUACCUAUGCUGCGGUUUGCGGAAAAGAAACUAUCAUCCUCCUUCCACUUCCUGUCUUCUUCGUCGUUUUCGCCAGUAGUAUCGGGUUGUUGAUCACGUGACUUGUGCGACUCUGCUAAAAAGUUUCCAUUGAAGUUUUGCAGAAUACACAAAGUUUGAUACGGUCAAAAAAAUCACCUUACCCUGUUGAGUUUUUUGUUGUUGUUUUUUUUUUGUGCUUUUUUUUCCCAAAACUGUCGUGACAUUAAGCUAAUUGUUUUACGUCAUUUCAGUUUGCGCAGUUUUACGGUUAAUGAAAUGCAGCUGGUGUUACUUAACUAUGAUGUGGAUUAUGUAACAUGCACUCACAAACACACACACACAGAAAGCGAAAUGAUGAUAAAGGAUGAUGGAGUUGUACGGACCCACAUUGCCUUGGUAUCACUGUGAGUGAGCGCCGUCACACACACACACACACGCCCACAGACACACACACAGCUGCCCUGUCGCUCAUUCUGAUAUGUUCAUGUGCCUCACAUGGGUGUAUCGUUACACUUCGUAGUGCUUGCAGAAAUAUUCAUACAUCUAACUUUUUCACGAUUUUGUUGCAUUACAACCACAAACAUUCAUCUAUUUCACUGGGAUUUCAUGUGACCAGCACCAAGUUUCACAUGAUGGAGGUGAAAGUUUUAAAUUUUUUGGAAAAAUAGGUAAAAGUUGCACCUAAUUAAUUUAGGGAAAUACCAAUAUCCAGUAUUUAUAUUGCUGUUGUAGCUGAUAUUUACCUGUAUUACAUGUUUCACUUCUCCUUCAACACCGUAAAAAAACACAGCUGACUUCACCACCAAACUACCCACAGUCCUUUGCUGCAUCACUAUCACUGUCACAGGACCAGACAAACAUUACAUCAGCAACGUCGACCCCUCCCACUCUAGAGAUAAACGGCAACAAGAUAGAAAUAAAUAUUGGUUGUUAAUAUCUGUUUAUCUAUCCAAAACAUGAUUUUAAAAAAUCACCAGUAUCUACCGAUACGAUACCAAUACUGAUUUUAGUGCUGAUGUAUCGUACAUACCUACUCAAAAGAUUACUUUGACACCCCUAAAUAAUGUCCAGAACACCAGAAGUGUGUGAUCCAAAAAAAAAGUUUGCUCACACCAGACCACAAACAUGGUGGUGGUAGCAUCAUACUGUGGGAAUGCAGACAAAGAAGCAUUUACAAGAGAAAUUAUAUAGAAAAAUGAUGAACUAUGCACUAUUACCUGCCAGUCUGUCGCUAAACAAACACAUCCCCACAGCAUGAUGCUGCCACCACCGUUAUUUACCACGGAACCAUUUCAUUUGUGUUGGUCUGGACAAUAAACUCCCAGUAAAGUACAUUAGACGUUUUUGGUUGCAAUAUGACGACAUGGGACAAAGUAAAAAAAUAAAAAGUAUGAAUUCUUUUGCUGUGGACUUUAUGUAGUAUACAUAUAAAUAUUUGUAAAUAUUUAAAGCUACAUAUAAAUAUAUAUAUAUAUAUAGUAUAUAUAUGUGCACUCAGGCCCAUUCAGAUGAUUUCACCAGGUGACAGAAUCUGGAUGAAAAUCAGCGGCGUUUCUCUCCGGCUGACAUGACGCUGCUUGUUUGACUCGUGGCGGUUACCAAGCAACCUUCUCAGUCCUCCAGCCUUUGAGCUCGCCUGCAGGUUAAGCCAGCUCUCUCCUCUCUGUUUUUUUCUUUUUUCUGUUCUUUUUGCUGAGGUCGAGGGUCAGCGUUCCCCGUCGGUGAUGUAGAUGUGAGCUGGCAGCGCCAAACGGUCGGCGGAGGAAAACCACAGCGGCACUCGUUUAUCUGCUCCAGGAUCUCUGGAGUCGUUCUGGCGGCUCCGUUUUGAAUUUGACAGAAAAAAAGAUAAUUCACUCCAACCCAAGGACGACUUUACAACCUUUGAAUCGAAGCCGCAGAAUAAAUCAGGUGUUUGUUUGUUUUGUUUUUUUACUUUGUAAAGGGAGAAUUGUGAUUUCUCUCCCUUUGUGUUUACAGUCGUCCAAACUGUGAAUCUGCUAAUCUCUGCCACUGCACCAAACCGUAACAGCUGAGGCGUUCUCCUCCUGACUUACCCAGGAGAAACGGCUCUGUCUCUAGCUGCGUCUGUCCGGCACCGUCCUCCUGACCUCCUGACCUCUGUCUCUCUGUUCCUGCCUGUUCUGCACCCAGACGCCCACCUCGCUCCUCGGAGCUCUCGUAGGUGGAGGACGAUAUGACAAUCCCUGCAGGAGUGUGUCUCCAUGUGGAAUGUAAAAUACUGCAGUAUUGUGAUUAAAGACACAUUG